AUGGCCAUCCAUCUGGUGCUCGCACUUGCUUUUCACGCAGCCCUGACCUCGGGUGCCGAGCUCGUGGUCCCUGUCGACGGCAAGGUGGCAUCGAUCAUUGCCACGGUAGCUGCGGCAAGCAGCGGCGACACGGUGGUGGUUCCCGCUGGACGAUGGACCAAUUGCUCCGAACCCAUUGUGGGCCUCGGCUCGGGCGUCGCCAUCACCGUGACCGGCGCGGGCGCUGCGGACACCAUCAUCGACUGCGAGGGCACAGGCCGUAUCCUCGAUGGCUCUACCGACUUUGAUGGCUGGGUGAUGGAGGACAUGGCCAUGAUUAAUGGUGGCGGCGCCAUCGACGACGCCGACGCCCGUGCAGGAUGCAUUCGUGUCAGAUCUGGGUGCCAUCUCACUCUCCGCCGCGUCGAACUUAUGGGUUGUACCCUUGGCGGCGCGCGGACUGGCACCUACAAAGGUGGCGCCAUCCACGUCGCCAACAACGCCUAUCUGGCGCUUGUCGACGUCGUCAUCCGCGACUCGACGGUCACCACCGUCGGCUCGGGCCAGGGUGGCGCCCUUGCCUCGGCCGCAGAUACGGUCAUCUCGUUCGACAACGUCACUAUUUCCGGCUGCGGGGCGCAUUCCGGUGGCGGCCUGUGGAUCGCCGGAUCCAAGGUGUAUAUCCAUGGCGCGGGGCUACUUGUCGAGGGCAACUCGGCGGCUGACACCGCUGGCGGUGCGUACUUUCGUGCGGGCACCGAGUUCUUUGGUGCUGGCCCACUGAUUGUUCGUAACAAUGCUGCCGGCGGCGAUGGCGGUGGCGUGCUCUUCCGCGUGGCAACGACCAACGGGACGAUUGCGUCGAUUGUGGCGACCGGCAACUCGGCUGGUGGAUGCGGCGGCGGUAUCAACUGGGGCCACGACGCACCCAUCACAGUUACCGGCGGCGUAGUAGCCAGCGGCAACAGCGCAACGGACGGUGGUGGCGUGUGCUUUACUCAGGGCCGUCGCGAGGUGACUGUCUUUCUCGAUGCCAGCAGUAACGUGACCUCCAACACAGCGAGCCGCCACGGCGGAGGCAUCUACAUUGCGGCGUCGUCGACGGACAUGGUGCUUGACGGCACAUAUGUGAGCGACAACACUGCCGCCGAUGGCUCGGGCAUCUUCAUCGAGGGCAGCAGCAACGUCAAGCCGAGUCUCUGGGGCGUGAUCAUCACCCGCAACUUUUCGCCAACCGGCGGCGCGCUUGCGCUGGGCGACUUUCCUUCAGCCUCUGUCGACACCGCCGGCAGCUCAUCGUGCGGCAACUAUGGCGGCAACAACGAAGCCGUCGACGUCCACUGCCACGGCGAUAGCCGCUUUGUCAAUCCAGUUGCAGGUGGAUGCACGCAAGGUUCUCGCUGCCUCCGUGCCGACUCUGCCUGCGACCACGCGGCAACGUGCGCGUCGGCAUCUCAAAGCUAA